AUGGCGCCCUCAUUCGACCAGCUGCGCGAGGCUGACCUCGACGACGACGAGUUCAACGAAGAUGAGAUUGAUAUCUCUGACCUGCGCGAGAAGUUCGAGGUCCAGCUGGAGCUGGGCUACGACACCUUUGUGGUCAUCGAUGGCCUUCCCGAGGUCACGGAGGACCAGAAGCCAAAGCUGGUGAAAUUCUUGCUGAAGAAGCUCAACACUGUUGGCAAGACCAAGGAGGAGCUGAUCCACAUGCCCAUGGGCGACGAUGGAAAGUCGAUGCGCUUCGCAUUUGUCGAAUACUCCUCAGCUGCUGAGGCCGCUGCCGCUACCCGCCAGCUGGAUGGCGUUCCCCUGGACAAGAAGCACACCCUGCGCGUCAACAAGAUUACCGACAUUGAGCGAUAUGGCCGAGAAGGACGAGUUGACGAGAAAUACGUCCCCCCCGUUAUCGAAGAGUUCACCGAAAAGGAGCACUUGAGAUGGUGGCUGAAGGAUCCCUCUGGCCGUGGCCGAGACCAGUUCGUCAUGUACCGUGGUGAAUCUGUCGGCGUCUUCUGGAACAACGAAAAGGAUCAGCCCGAGAACAUUGUCGAUCGCCAGCACUGGACUGAGGCUUUCCUCCAGUGGUCACCUCUGGGCACUUACCUGACUUCAGUCCACCAGCAGGGUGUUCAGCUGUGGGCUGGCGCAUCUUGGUCCCGUGCCGCCCGAUUUGCUCAUCCCUUUGUUAACCUGGUCGCCUUCUCCCCGAAUGAAAAGUACAUUGUUACCUGGUCUAACAGACCCAUCUCAAUCCCCGAGACUGGCCACCCUGCGCUGUCUGUUGACGAUGAGGGCAAGAACUAUGUCAUUUGGGACAUUGAGACCGCUACACCUCUCCGAUCAUUCGCCAACCUGGAUGCCCCCAAGGGAGAGGAGGGCAAGCCUCCCCCAAAGAUGCAGUGGCCUGCGUUCAAGUGGUCCGCGGACGACAAGUACGUUGCUCGUCUGACUCCUGGUGCCUCCAUCUCCGUCUACGAGCUCCCUCGAAUGAACCUCCUCGACAAGACCAGCAUCAAGAUUGAAGGCGUGGUUGACUUUGACUGGGCCCCCGCAACACCCCAGCGCGAGGGCGUCAAGACAUACGAGCAGCUCUUCACCUUCUGGCAGCCCGGAACUGGUAGCAACCCCGCCAAGGUCGGCAUGAUGAGCAUCCCCUCCAAGGAGGUUGUGCGAAGCCUGAACCUGUUCAACGUCAGCGACGCCAAGCUGCACUGGCAGUCGGAUGCCGCCUACCUGUGUGUCAAGGUCGACCGACACUCCAAGUCAAAGAAGUCACAGGCUACGACUUUGGAGAUCUUCCGUGUCAAGGAGAAGGGUAUCCCUGUCGAGGUCGUUGAUACUAUCAAGGACACCGUCAUCAACUUUGCAUGGGAGCCCAAGGGCGAUAGAUUUGCUCUCAUCACCACCACGGAGCCCGUUGGCCCUACUGCCGUCCCUCCCAAGACAUCCGUCUCCUUCUUCUGCCCCGAAAAAUCCAAGGGCCCCUAUGCCGGCAACUUCAAGCUGCUGCGCACUCUGGACAAGAAGAACAGCAAUGCCAUUUACUGGUCACCAAAGGGCCGAUUUGUCGUCAUUGCCACCAUCGCCAACCAGCAGAGCUCCGACCUCGACUUUUACGACGUCGACUUUGAGGGCGAGAAGCCCGAGUCAGCAAAGGACCUGACUGCUAACCUGCAGCUCAUGAACACAGCCGAUCACUACGGCGUCACAGAUGUGGAGUGGGAUCCCUCAGGCCGAUUCGUUGCCACGUGGGCAUCAGCAUGGAAGCAUGCGAUGGAAAAUGGAUACCACAUCUACGACUUCAAGGGUGAGGCCCUGCGCGAGGAGCCCGUUGAAAAGUUCAAGCAGUUUGCUUGGCGGCCUCGACCGCCGACACUGCUGUCAAAAGAUGAGCAGAAGCAGAUCCGCAAGAACCUGCGUGAGUACAGCAGAGUAUUCGAACAGGAAGACGCCGACCGCGGUGCGUCAGCCGACCUCGCAGUUGUCGAGGCCCGUCGCCGCGUCCUGGACGAGUGGCAUGCUUGGCAGGCAAAGACCAAGGAGAUGGAGGGCACCGAAGGAGGAAGCAUCGAGAGCGAUCGGGUGAUUGAGGAGAUUGUGGAGGAUGUGUUGGAAGAGAGCGAGGAGGUGAUAGGGUAG